AUGUUUCGUCCUUUGUCUUCUUCCCUUCAUUCCAUCCACCCCUCUCCCCGACUGCUCAUCCAGCGCCGAGUCAACCCACGCUCUUUCUCCGGUUCCCCGAAGCCUCACCUCCGAGUCUAUUCAACAGAAACAGCCCAAGCUGUUCACCCACCUUCAUCAACCCCAAUCAAGCCCUCGCGUUUCCGCCGCUUUGCAGGCUUCACAACGAUAGCAGUUGUCGCAUUUACAUUCGGCAUAAUCUACCAAACCCAGCGCACCGUAUCGCGACUCAUGUCCGUCACAAUCCCCACCAACGAGGAGACCCUGGCCCUCUACAUACCAGAGGAUGCGACAGCUGAAGAAAUCGAAAACACCCUCCGCACACACCCCGUCGCCGAGUCCCUACGCGCAAACUCGGAAUUCACCGAAGCGCGUCCACACCUCAAGAUCCCCGAGGCCCUGCGCGCCCGCAGCCUGACCGGCGGCACCCUACGCGGACCGAACAAGAUCGUCGUGCCGCCCCUGGUCUUCAGCGAGCGCGAUGGCAAGAGCAUGGUCUCGUUGAUGUACCUCGGCUCUGAUGUCUGCGGGCACCCGGGUAUUGUGCAUGGCGGUCUGCUCGCGACGAUUCUCGACGAGGGACUUGCCAACUGCUGUUUCCCGGCUCUGCCUAACAAGGUUGCUGUUACCGCCAACUUGAAUAUUGAUUACCGGGCUCCGGCUAUGGCUAAUAACUAUGUUGCUCUCCGGGCGGAGACUGUUAAGGUUGAGGGUCGCAAGGCUUGGGUCGAGGGUCGCAUUGAGACUCUCCCUAGUGAUGGCCAGGAUCCUGUUGUGUUGGUUGAGGCUAAGGCUUUGUUCAUUGAGCCUAAGCAGGCUGCUGCAUUGUCCAGCCUUUACAAGGUGGCGUGA